AUGUCAGCCGAUUGUCGCCGAUAUUUGUCUCGAUUUGUCGGUAUCAGAGCCGAAACGAUUGACAUUAUGAUUAAAAGUGGUUUCGAUACGAUGAAUGCAUUUCUGGCCAUCGAUAUGGACAAAGACUGGCAUCACUUACCGCCGCAGAUAUCAAAUGCACAGAAAAUACUGUUGCGUCAGGCGUUGGCCAAACUCMCGGUUAUAACCGAUGAUGAAUAUAGUGAUGACAAAMAAGAAAUAUCAGUAUCUGACAGAAGAUYUUUUGUCAAUUUGAAUAAUCAGACGGACAACGAGUUUGAAAACAUUUCAGAUAACAAUGUGAUGUCGUUUAAUGAUAUUGAUGUGGAGGACAGUGUGACAUCAAUUGAUAGCGAAUUGGAGUUGAAAAGUCUUGCAUUGAAAAGACAACCCGUUGUAGUCAUAAGUCCAMUAAAGUUGUCGAUUAGUGUAUCAAAGACUGUUGACAAUAGUCAUCCGAAUUGGUCUGAAGUCAAAACAACUAAWCAKAACAACAAUUGUUUCAAAUGUGGUCAAUGCGACCGCUUUUUUAUGUCGAAGACUAGCCUCGAAACACACAUAAGMAGCAGCUGUCAGAAGAACUGUAAGAAGCCAUUCAAGUGUGGCGAAUGUGAURACGGRUUUGUCACCAAUGAGUCUCUACUCAAUCAUUUGAAUCUAAUUCAUGGCAUCCAAUGGUUUAAUUGCAACAAAUGUCAAUACAAGACAUCUUGUAAACAGAAUCUUAAUCGCCAUAAAACCAGACACUCGACUGAUCGGCCGUUUGUCUGUAAUUAUAAGAACUGCAAAAAGUCGUUUAAACGAAGAUAUACAAUGCGUCGACACAUGAAAUGCGUUCACUUGUCGACUAAUCGACCAUUUGUUUGCAAUUACGAUAACUGCGACAAAGCCUUUAAAUGGAAUAAAUUAUUACUUCGACACCWGAAAUGUGUUCAUUUGAUUGAUCGGCCAUUUGUCUGCAAUUACGAUAACUGCUACAAGUCUUACAAAUGMAAAAAAUAUUUAUCUCAACAUCAGAAACUAAUUCACAAAUAG